AUGAACACCUCCAUGCCCAGCAGCCAGCUGAGACAGCCUGAGCCCCAGGAGGCAGCUGCCCUCACUCCCAUCUCCAUUGUCAGGAGCAUGACCAAGAAAUCCGAUGGCCUGCCCAUGAUCUCCGUCAUCGUCGCCAUCUUCGUCCUCUUGGCCAUCUUCAUCAUCGUCCUGGUGCACUACGGCCCCCAGCUCCGCACCAUCCAGAUCACCCUCUACCAGGAGCCCAUGCCCCAGGACCUGGACGAUGGGGUGCACCUGACGGACUGGAGGGAGCUGGGCUCCCAGAGGAAGCUGCCUGCCCAGCCCUACCAGCUGGAGCCAGGCGGCCUGGACGUGGCUGGUGUGAGCUGCCAGUGCUCCUGCAAGCAUCACCUGCCCUGCGGGAGUGCUGAGCCCAACGUCAUCGAGGUCACAUACCUGUGA